AUGUUGGCCUCAUCCCGAGUUGUCUCAAAGCAGGUUUUGGCUGCUGGUCAGCGCAUGAGGUAGGUAUUUUACUGUUUUUUUUUGUUUUAGGUCUUAUUUUACUAAUUUAUGUUGUUGUAGCUCCUCCUGGUGGGGAAAUGUGGAGAUGGGCCCUCCAGAUGCCAUUCUUGGUGUGACUGAAGCUUUCAAACGCGACACCAACCCAAAGAAGAUCAACUUGGGUGUUGGAGCUUAUCGUGAUGGAAAUGUAAGGUUUUCUAUGAUAUUUUUUGUAACAAAUGUUAGGUUGAUAGCAUCAUAUUAUGUAAAGUGAAGUAAUUGAAUGGCGAGAUAGUAAAACUUGGUUAUCAUGAUAAAAUAUAUAAAGUUAUAUGUGUUUUAAAUAAGUUUAUUGUUCAGGGCAAACCUUUUGUUCUUCCAUCAGUCCGCAAAGCUGAGCAGGAGAUCGUCAACGCUCAGUUGGAUAAGGAAUACACCACAAUCGCUGGUAUCCCAGAAUUCACGGCCAAUGCGAUCAAAUUGGCAUUGGGAAAUGACAGCAAAGUAAUUGCCGAAAAGAGGAAUGCCACAGUACAAUCUAUCUCUGGAACUGGCGCUUUGAGAUUUGGUGCUGAAUUUCUGGUAAGCUUUCGUUAUGUUUUCCAUGUUUUAGGCAUACUACGCGAUGUUUGAUGAGGAUUAAAUUGAUGUAAUGGACUGUAAAAUGAGUAAUAGUGUUGUUAUUUUUUUACAGGAGUUUUUACAAAGUAAAAUUUUCAUUUCAGAACAAAUUCUUCCCGAACAAAGUCAUCUACCAGCCAACUCCAACAUGGGGUAAUCACAUUCCGAUUUUCAAGUUCGCUGGUCUAGAUGUGAAACAAUAUAGAUACUACGACAAGAGCACUUGUGGAUUUGAUGAAGCUGGAGCUUUGGAGGACAUCAGCAAGAUCCCAAAGAAGUCUAUCAUCUUGUUGCACGCUUGUGCUCACAACCCUACUGGAGUUGAUCCAACUGUAAGUUUUUUGUUGGUUUUUGUGUGUUUAGGCCUUAGUACUGUCUUAUUAAUUCAUGUAGUAUAAGAGAAUGAUAGUGGUAAAGCCUGGUAAAUUAUUUUAUACAGAUAGUAUGAUAAAAGCGGCCUAAAAGAGUAAAAAUAUUGUCUCAAUGACUACAUUUGAUAACGACUUAAGAAAUUUUAAUUUUUGAUGCAUUUCAGAAGGACCAAUGGAAAAAGAUCUCCGAAGUUGUGAAGAAGCAAGAGUUGUACGUCUUCUUCGACAUGGCUUACCAAGGAUUUGCUUCCGGAGACAUUAACAAUGACGCCUUCGCUGUCAGAUACUUCCUUGACCAAGGACACGAUAUCUGCUUGGCCCAAUCUUUUGCCAAGAACAUGGGAUUGUAUGGUAUGACUCUUUGAUGAUUAUCUUGUUUUUAAAAGCCAACUUUAUUUAUUUUUAAAACUUUUUCAUAUUUUUGAAAAUAACUUUAUUUUAAAGUGAUGUUAUGUUAUUAUAGGAGAACGUGUUGGAGCCUACACGAUCGUAUCGAAGGAUUCAGAUGAAGCUAGCCGCGUUAUGUCUCAGCUGAAGAUCCUGGUACGUCCCAUGAUCUCGAACCCUCCAAUUCACGGUGCCAGAAUCGCCAACAAGAUCUUGAGUGACCAGAACUUGUACAAUGAAUGGUAGGUUUAUAUUCUUGAUAGUGGAAACUUUUUUGUGUAUAUUUAAACCAAACGUACUUUUUUUAUUGGUACAGUAUGUUCUGAACAUUAGAAAAAGUAUUUUAUUGGUUUUUAUGGCUCCGAACUUUUUAUAAAGUCAUUUUUGAUUUUUUCAGGCUAGGAGACGUGAAAGGAAUGGCUGAUCGUAUUAUCGCGAUGAGAACCACCUUGAAGGACCUUUUGGCCAAAGAGGGAUCUCAAAAGAACUGGGAGCACAUUACCAACCAAAUUGGAAUGUUCUGCUUCACUGGCAUCUCACCACAACAGGUAAGUCAAUAUUUUGUCUAUGUUAACAAGUAUGUUGUUGUAGAUGCUGAUGUAUGUCAAUAUAUGUAAUCAAAAUGUUAAUGUUUAGCUAAUAGUGGCUUUACUAGGCGUAGAUUUUCAUUUUGAAUGUAUUAAUUUUAAAAUUUCAGGUCGAACGUCUUAGCAAAGAGUUCAGCAUCUACUUGACCAAGGACGGCCGUAUCUCGAUUGCCGGCAUUUCCUCGAACAACGUCGAAUACCUGGCCCACGCCCUCCAUCAAGUCACCAAAUAA